AUUACACAUGCCUGCGUCGUAUUCUACUACUGCAAUUUAUACAAAAUUCUGAGGUUGCCGGUGAAAUAAUAAUUUUAAUUGUUUUAAUAAAACUCAAAAAGCUUUCAUGUGUUUGUAAUUUAUAACAUAAUUUAAAUUCGGCGCACCAUGACUGCGGACGUACAAAGUAGGGCUAAGAUGUUGCAUCUAUCGUCUGAUAAACAACUCACUUUUAUAAAACUUGCUGUUUUAUCAAUGGCAGCAAUACUAUCAUUUGCUACCAGGUUAUUUUCUGUGUUGAGAUUUGAGAGUGUUAUUCAUGAGUUUGACCCGUAUUUCAACUACAGAACAACAAGAUUUCUUACAGAAGAGGGUUUCUAUAAGUUUCACAAUUGGUUUGAUGAUAGAGCAUGGUAUCCAUUAGGAAGAAUCAUUGGUGGUACUAUCUACCCUGGGCUGAUGGUGACAUCAGCUACCUUGUACCACUUAAUGCAGUUCCUGAACAUUACCAUUGACAUAAGAAAUGUGUGUGUGUUUCUUGCACCAUUCUUCUCAUCUCUAACAACAAUAGUCACAUAUUUGUUGACUAAAGAAUUAAAGAAUGAGGGUGCGGGUCUAGUAGCGGCGGCCAUGAUCGCCAUCGUGCCGGGUUACAUCAGUCGCUCUGUCGCCGGCAGCUACGACAAUGAGGGUAUCGCGAUAUUCUGCAUGCUCCUCACAUAUUACUUCUGGAUCAAGGCUGUCAAUACAGGAACUAUUCUCUGGGCCACAAUGACAGCACUCGCUUAUUUCUACAUGGUAUCGUCAUGGGGUGGCUAUGUGUUCCUCAUCAACCUGAUACCGCUCCACGUGCUGUCAUUGAUGUUGCUCGGCCGGUUCUCUGCCCGCGUGUAUGUUGCCUACAGCACACUGUACUGCGUGGGAACUGUGCUCUCCAUGCAGAUCUCCUUUGUUGGUUUCCAGCCCGUCCAGAGUUCCGAACACAUGCUGGCGCUGGGAACGUUCGGACUGUGUCAGCUGUACGCGUUCACACAGUAUCUCCGCGAGCGCCUGUCGCCGCAGAACUUCGAGCUGCUGUUCAAUGCGCUUCUGACCACGCUGGUGGCAACCCUGGGCACUGCAGUCGUCGUUCUCUCUGUUACUGGUAAAAUAUCGCCAUGGACUGGAAGGUUUUACUCUCUGCUGGAUCCCUCAUACGCCAAGAAUCAUAUCCCUAUUAUUGCGUCGGUGUCAGAGCACCAGCCGACCUCCUGGUCCUCGUUCUACUUUGACCUUCAGGUGCUGGUGUUCCUCUUCCCCGCCGGACUCUACUUUUGCUUCACCAAGCUCACCGAUGCCAAUAUAUUUAUCAUACUCUACGGUGUUCUCAGUAUAUAUUUCGCGGGUGUGAUGGUUCGUUUGAUGUUGGUGCUAGCGCCGGUGAUGUGCAUCCUGUCGGGCAUAGCGGCCUCCAGUCUGCUGAGUCUGCACGUGAAGGACAUCGAGCCCAAGGUUGAGAAACAUGACAAGAAGAAGAAACAUGAAAAUAAUUUGGUGUUUAGGUCCGAGCUGGGCGCCGUGUUCGUGCUGGUGCUGGCCAGCCUGCUGUCGUCGUACGUGCUGCACUGCACCUGGGUCACGUCGGAGGCCUACUCCUCGCCCUCCAUCGUGCUGUCGGCGCGCGGCCACGACGGUGCCCGGAUCAUCUUCGACGACUUCCGCGAGGCCUACACCUGGCUCAAGAUGAACACGCCCGAGGAGUCGAAGGUAAUGUCGUGGUGGGACUACGGGUACCAGAUAACGGCGAUGGCGAACCGCACGGUGAUCGUGGACAACAACACGUGGAACAACACGCACAUAUCGCGCGUGGGGCAGGCCAUGGCGUCGUCCGAGGACAAGGCCUACGAGAUCAUGCGCGAGCUGGAUGUGGACUACGUGCUUGUUAUAUUCGGCGGCCUCGUCGGGUACUCUUCUGAUGACAUAAACAAGUUCCUGUGGAUGGUUCGUAUCGGCGGUAGCACGGAGCGCGGCGCACACAUCCGCGAGGCUGACUACUACACGGCUAGCGGCGAGUUCCGCGUUGACGAACACGGCUCCAGCACACUGCUCAACUCGCUCAUGUACAAGACCAGCUACUACAAGUUCGGCCUCGUGUACACAGAGGGCGGUCGGCCGCCCGGCUACGACCGAGUGCGCGGCGCCGAGAUCGGCAACAAGGACUUCAAUCUGGAAGUGUUAGAGGAGGCUUACACCACCGAGCACUGGCUCGUGAGGAUCUACAAGGUCAAGCCACUGCCCAACCGCGGCGUGUGAGCACACCACAACCAUCGCUAUCGAGAUACACAAAAAAGUAAAAGUUUAUCCAUGCUUUAAAUCCUCUAUUAAAGAUUCUUAAACAGUUAGCUUAUUGCCAACAUUAAAACACCCAAUGUCCCAAUGUUACUACGACUGGCUUUUGUAAUGUUAGCAGUAAACUAACUUUUCUUCAUAUUAUGGCUGUAGAUAAAGUCUUGUAUGCAACUGUUGAUAAUUAGGUAUUAAAACACAACAGUUGCAUAAAUAACUAAUUUUCAACAUUAAAAGAUAUAAUGCUGUCGGUUUUUUUUUAUUAAAUGCUCGCGUUCUAUGUACAUCAACUUUCAACAACCAUAUACUUCAUAACAGAAAUUUACAGACUUGUAGGAAUAUCUUAGGUUUUUUGAAUCAAUUUCAAAAUCAGUUAUAAUUUAUUUUGAAGUUAUGCUAUUACAUACAUACUACAUUCAUUACCAUAAUAUAUCGCAGCGAUUUCAAAUUUUCCAGUUAAACGGAACACCCCAAGAAAUAUUGUCACCAAAAAAAGUUUAGGUUGUCAUUUUUCAUUUCACUGCAACCAAGUGAAAGAAGCAUUUUGGCAAUAUUUUUUAUUAUUUACAUAUUAUUCAAUUUUAUUAAUCCGAUUUAUGAAAUAAAAAUAACUUUUUUGUUUGUUGAAAAUGAUACUGAUGUUAGUUAGUUGCCUUUACAAAAAGUAGCUCCAAAUAAUUGUUACUAACUUGAAAAGAUACAUUGACAGAAUCUUUUGUAAAGCUUUUUAGUUAAAUAAUUGAAAUUGUUCAGUAGCUCCGUUUGAUCUUCAUCAUAGUGAGGUAAACAUUUUGUAUUUAUUCGACCAGCACUUAUCUCAGACUAGUGUUUAACAAUCCUAUUUAUUUCGCGACCCCAUUACAGUUUCAAAAAUUCUAGCGACCCCCUUGCCAGUCUUAUAAUUUAAUUUUGAAAGUCUACCACCUAGAGAUAAUAAUUUAAUACACAAUGUGUCGACGUGUUUUUUUUUUAUGGAAAUAGGAGGACAAACGAGCGUACGUGUUACCUGGUGUUAUGUGAUCACCGCCGCCCACGUUCUCUUGCAACACCAGUGGAAUCACAGGAGCGUUGCCGGCCUUUCAGGAAGGUGUACGCGCUUUUUUUUAUAGGUACCCAUGUCGUAUCGUCCCGGAAACACCACACAAGGAAGUUCGUUCCACAGCUUUGUAGUACGUGGAAUAAAGCUCCUUGAAAACCGCACUGUGGAGGAACGCCACACAUCCAGAUGGUGGGGGAUGGAAUCCUAACUUGUGGCGUGUCAAUCCUAACUUGUGGCGUGUCGUGCGAAGGUGGAAUUCGGCGUCAGGAAUCAGGUGAAACAGCUCUUCGGAAUACUCCCCGUGAUAAAUGCGGUAGAAGACACACAAUGAAGCGACAUCUCUACGCAACGCCAAGUGAUCCAGCCGUUCACAGAGUACUGGGUCCCCGACAAUUCGAGCUGCUCUACGUUGCACGCGGACAAAUGUAUCCAGCUGAUACUGGGGUGCGUCAGACCAGAGAUGACAGCAAUACUCCAUGUGUGGCCGGACCUGCGCUUUGUGCAGCGCUAGAAUGUGGGCCGGCUUGAAGUAUUGCCGUGCUCUAUUUAUGAGGCCCAGUUUCUUCGAGCCCAUUUGCCUUUGCAUCUCACGGGCUUUGGAUUCGAGCAAUAACCAUCGAUAACGACCUAUAUACUGCGCCCAGUGAGGAAGCUAGAAAUCCACUUGUAAAAGCUCUCGGGAAGCCCAAAUGACGGAAGUUUUGAGAGAAGCGCCUUGUGCCAUACACGAUUAAAGGCCUUCGCUAUAUCCAGGCUAACUGCCAGGCCUUUCCCCUUGCUUUCGAUAGCCACCGCCCGUUAGGUAAACCAGAAGAUCACCUGCCGAUCGACCAUGGCGAAAGCCGUACUGUCGGUCGUUGAUCAACUGGUGAUCCUCUAGGUAUACCAAAAGCUGACGGUUAAUUAUGCUCUCCAUGAUUUUGGAGAGCAGGAAGGUAAUGGCUAUAGGUCUGUAGUUUGCCGGAUGCGAACUGUCUCCUUUUUUUGGGAUCGGAUGGGCACGGGCUGACUUCCAUGAGUCAGGAACUACGCCUUUUGUAUACGAGUGCGUAGUCUGUGGUACGUGACCCAAGCCAUUCGGCAUUGUGCCCGUUGAAAUCACCCAAGACUACGAUUUCAGCGGAGGGGAUCUGAUCAAGCACGUCGUAAAUUGCCGCUUGAAUGCAUCCAAUAGCAAUUGAGAUGAUCCGUUUCUUCGUUAGCACUAUGGGACCUGUAGACACACGCAUAGAUACGGACGCGGUACUCAAAAUCUACACGGAGCCAGAGAGUAGACAGGUCCCUACCCUCAAAAUUGCAGAGACGGCGAUAGCCGAUAUCCUCAUUAACGUAACAUACCUACCAUAUACUCGUACAUGGAGUGAAUUCCACUGAUAUUGCAAAAGUCCACUUUACGCGUGGAGCGGGGUGCCGUGGUGAUACUGCCUCGUUUGUGCCGAGGACAUGCGUGGUCCUGUGGCCUCCCCAGAAUACGAUGGGCAGCCCGAGCGAGAAUGCUCGGGGAGGGAUUCUCCGACUCUGGUAGAGCCGGUACCCUCCUGGGGUAAAAUCUCUUGUCACUCUCCCACUUCUAAAAUGUUAUGGCUGAAGAGAGAAGUAAACAAGAAUAUCUACAGCUGGCAAGGGAAGCUCUAAAUUUAGUAGCACCAUUCGCAACUUCAUAUAUGUGUGAACAGACAUUCUCGUUAAUCAUGGGCAAUCUCUCAAAAUUCUCGAUAAUCUGCAAAAAACUUCAAUUAGAAAAUGAUUUGGUUUUGACACUUCAAAAAUAGCACCACGAUUUGACAAAAUUUUUGAAAACUAAGCUAGCCAAACCUUCUCACUAAAAUUGUGUUUUUAUUGUAGUAUACCUUGCCCUUUUCCCCCCUAGGGGUCGCGACCCACAGAUUGAAAAACACUGUCUUAGACAAUAGUUUUGUUUUCAGAUCAUUUUUUGCUUUUGAUUUCGCAUUUAACAGAUAGUCUUAUAAUAUUUUGCCCUAUUUUAGUCUUAUAGAUUUCAUCUUUUCAAUGAACAUUAUUUUAAACCUGUUGCAAUUCCUUUAAGUGGUAGUGUCGGGGUGUGUUUAGUAGUGUCAAUAUAUAGUGCAAGUUUCUCAAUAAUGUCACAAACUGCAUUUAGAUGAUUAUUAAUUACGGGAGAGUUUUAAUGAUAAUAGAAUAAUGAUUGUUAACGAUUGAGAAUUGAGGUUACCUAAAACAUUCUAUUUUAUUUUUACAAUGCUCCAUUUUGUUAUAAUUAAAGUGUGCAAUCUGUCAUUUAUUGUGUAUGUCUGUUUCUAGAAUAGUUUUUUUUUAUAUUUUUGGCUAGAGUUGGUCACAAUUUCAAUAACUUUACUUUAACUAAUAUUGUCUUAAAUGGAGAAUUAGUUAUAAUUUGUAAAACCAUUUUGUACUAUUAUUUAAAUAAUGUAUAUUUUGUACUUAUAAGCUCUCUGACUGGUUUUAAUAAGUUGAAAUGAAAGAAUAGUAGUAAUUACUUCUAAUGUUUCACUUUACAGUGAGUGUUUUAUUAAACUGGGGAUGGGAUGUAAUGGCCUUUAGGCAAAGUCUAUUUAAAAUUAACAACUACGUUUCAUGGAAUUUUUGUUCUUAGCUGGUAAUAUUUGUAAAGUAAUUGAUAUGAAAAUGCCAUGAUAAUUUUUACACUUUUAGGCAAAAAUGCUGUUACAUUGCUAGGUAAUAAAAAACUCACUGUUUGCACGAUUAAAUUAUUAAAAGCAUCUACUUCGAUCGUCCUUGUAGUAUCUAAAGCGCACAAAAAGUUAGGAAUUAGAAGUGUUAAAAUAUUCAAUAAAUUUCUGCAAGUCUUAAUGUUAUUGAGAAUGAGAGUUACAAUAACUUCGAACGAGUUAUAGAUAACUAUAAAAUGGGUUUCAUUGUGUUAAAAUGUUGUAAAAUUCAUUUUAUAUAUUAAAUAAAUAUAAUUAUUUUAUGAA